AUGUCCUCGGCAAGACCUGACUUCGAAUCCCUCCCCUUGGGCAAGAACGAUCCCCCAUUCUCGGCCUGGGGUCUCUAUGGCCCAGACGACGAAUUGGGCACAUUGAAUCUGCUGGACGACAAGACUGUACUGGAGGCAACAAGAGAAGCCCGCACCGGCAAAAGAAUCGGGCUUGAUCUACCUCUGGACUUCUCGGCUCGUCCGUCUCAUGAUAGAGAGCCGUUGAAGCAUACCGUGCAGCGCAAGUAUCCACGGCUCGUGCACGACGAUGUCCUCCUCUUCAACACUCAAGUCGGGACGCAAUGGGACGGGUUUCGCCAUUACGGGUACCAAGCACAGAAGGUAUUUUAUAACAAUGUCAAGUUGGAAGAGAUUUCUGGUCCAGGUCACCCAGAGAAGACAGGUCGAGACUCCUGGUAUCAGGGACCGCCUGUGACAAACAAACUGGGAAUCAAUAAGUGGUGUAAACAGGGGAUCGUGGGAAGAGGUGUACUGCUCGACUACUUGCGCUGGUCAGAGCAGAAUGGACGUCAUUAUGAGCUGCUGGGAGACCACGCGAUCGACGUGGAUGAUUUGACGGCGUGCGCGGAAGCCCAAGGAGUGCAAUUCCGACAAGGAGAUAUUCUGCUCGUGAGAGUUGGGUGGAAGGUAGGGUAUUCUAGGCUGAGCGAGGACGAAAAGAUCACUUUCAGUUACGCGACUCCCACGGUGCUUGUCGGACUGGCAACCUCCAUCAAGACACUGCGUUGGCUUUGGAAACAUGGAUUCAGCGCGUGUGCCUCGGACGCACCGGGGCUGGAGAGGUGGCCUGCUCUGGAGGGGGAGGGUGAGCAAGAGUCUUCUUGCCAGGCAGAUGGCUCAAGAAACUCACCCGACACGUGUGUUGUUCUGUCGUCGACCCACACUAGAGACGUGGUUCUCGAUAAAACCCAUGCGACGACAACAGUGACGCCGCCGCCUGAGCCCGGGGUUGAGCCAGCAGUUGAGCCAGAUGAUGUGCGACGCCUUGAAACUGAAGGCUAUGAAUCGACCCUCGAGGGACCUUCGCCAGCAGGUUUUCUCAGACAGUAUCCGCAGACCACGCUCACUCUCGGCGGUGCACCCGGUUUUGAUGAAAGGGUCUCCAACAAAGACCCUCAGCCUGCACCCUCAUCCCGGGAGUGUUGUCGUCAACACCUUCAGCUGUGGCCGCCAGGCAACGAUCAUGAAGAGAUGUUACGUGUCCGACGCGUCCUGGAACGCUACUUUGAACACCUCAAUCCAUAUUACUUUUGUCUUAUCGAGGUUCAGUUUUUCGCCCAGUUCGAUGAAUACCAGCGUAUUCGAAACGGCGAUGACGUGUCCGACGAUACCCUCCAAUUCGUCGCCCUUGUCUGGUCUAUCCUCGCGCAUAUGCAUGCCUUGGAAGACAAUGAUAAGAAAUCCGCCUUACACCCGGGUUGGGACGACUACCUUCACGCGACACACUUGCUGGGCCAUACUAUGGAGUUGGGCCAUGGAGAUCUGGCCACUAUCCAGUGCCUCAUCCUUCAUGCGUGCUACCUCCUCACUGCCAGUGUUUCACAGCAUAAAGCCGCAUAUAGUGUGCUCGCACAAGCCGUCCGGCUUAGCUACCAAAUAGGCCUUCACAAUCAACCGAGUUGGCGCAUGUGCAGCCCCUUCGAGACACAUACUCGACAGCGUGUCUUCUGGACAGUCUACAACGUCGACAGGACCAUCGCUCAGAUCUGCCUGGUGCCGUACCUUUUCCGAGACUCUGAAAUCAACGUCGACUUGCCCUUGCGGGUCGACGACAAACUACUUGGGACCAGUGAAGAGUUACCCGAGGAGUCACCGUCGUGCUCCCUCGCCUCUUACCUACAUGAAGUUGUCAGGUACUCGCGGUUGGCCUCGGAGAUAUGGGACAAGUUCACCGGCGCCAGAUCCUCUAAUCCCCGUCUCGACGAGUUUAUCGCGAUCAUGGACGCGCGCAUUCUUCACUUUCGUAGCGGGCUGCCAGCUUUUCUCCAGCUGGAGCCUGGCACGGUGGCCUUCCAAGCGGGCCUAUCCCCCCGUGCAUGCAUCAUCUGGCAAGCGUUGAUGCUUCGGCUGCUCACCAACAACCUUCGACUAUUGCUCCGCACCAAAUGGGGAUCAGGAGCUGUGCCGGUGCCCGGGCACCAAGAGACCUGUGUCUCCAUUUGCAGCGAGAAUGUUGACCUCUUGCACGAAGUCUACCACCUUGUCCCUCACGAGCGCUUUCACAAGUCAAUCUUUGUGACGUAUCUCGCUGGGGCGAUCAAGACGCUAGCCACGGUAGUGCUGUCAGACAAAGAGCUACUCGAACUACGACGAAGAGCAGCCCCGGCGUUUCAGAAGGCCAUGGAAUUGCUAAGGCAGAUUCUACCCCGGGUUGCGACUGCUCGCGAGGUUAUGAAGAAGCUCGAACAGGUUGUCAAAGCAAGCGAAGAGCUCUUGACACGCGAGAGAUCGAUCCUGCUGACGCCACCAACGGAUACAUGGCCAGAGCAGGGUGAAGAGAUGGAUUUGGAGACCUUGCCUGAGCCGGGGGCCUUGUCUCCGGGAUUGUUCUUACUGGAUGAUCUGGACUUCAGAGCGAUGAUGCAGGGUUUCUGGAUCCCUGGCGCGGAGACUCCGUCCUGGGGACCUUAA